CAGAGCUGGCUCAGAAAGGUUCUGAAUCUCUUGGAAGCCCACAAGACUUGGAGGUGGACGCACUGGAACUCUGGAGACCAGGUAACAACAACUGAUCUGUUAUAACUCCAGAGUCUGGAAGAUGAAAGAAGCUCUCAAUGUGAUGUUUGUCCUGGCUAAAGUCAACACUGGCUUCCUAGCUUUUAUCUCCUUAUGUUGAACUACACAUCUAUUACACAAAUGCGGCAGAUUUUAGCAGUGGCCUGCUGGAUACUUCUUCUUGGACCUAUAUGUGCUUGUCACAAGAAAAAGGCCACAACAAAUCCCGAAGCUAAUAUGAAUAUUAGUGAGAUCAUUUCCUACUGGGGUUAUCCCUACGAGGAGUACGAAGUGGUGACACGGGAUGGUUACAUCCUUGCAGUGUACAGAAUCCCCGAUGGAAGAAGCUGCUCGGGAAGAGCAGAUCCCAAACCUGUUGUGUUUUUGCAGCACGGUCUGGUUGCAUCUGCCAGCAACUGGAUCUGCAACCUGCCCAACAGCAGCCUGGGCUUCCUCCUGGCCGAUGCUGGCUACGACGUGUGGAUGGGCAACAGCCGCGGAAACACCUGGUCGCGGAGGCACGUGAGCCUGUCCCCCAAGUCCUCGGAGUACUGGGCCUUCAGUCUGGAUGAGAUGGCGAAAUACGACCUCCCAGACACGAUCCAUUUUAUCACGGAGAAAACAGGACAAGAGCGUCUCUUCUACAUUGGUCACUCCCAAGGCACCACCAUCGCGUUCAUAGCAUUCUCCACAAAUCAAGAGCUGGCUAGAAAGAUUAAAAUGUACUUUGCAUUGGCUCCAGUGGUCACCGUGAAAUACACCCAAAGUCCUAUGAGAAGAUUAACAACAUUUUCCAGAAAAGUGCUCAAGGCCUUCUUUGGUGACAAGAUGUUCUCCCCACACACAUUUUUUGAUCAGUUCAUCGCCACCAAAGUGUGCAACAGAAAGCUAUUCCGGAAAGUAUGCAGCAACUUCAUAUUCUCCAUGUGUGGAUUUGAUCCAAAUAACUUAAAUAUGAGUCGCCUGGACGUCUAUUUGUCACAGAGUCCUGCAGGAACCUCAGUUCAGACCAUGCUGCACUGGGCUCAGGCUGUCAAUUCGGGUCAGUUUCAAGCCUAUGACUGGGGGAACCCUGAGCUGAACAUGGAGCACUUCUUCCAGCUUACACCUCCACUGUACAACGUCACUCAGAUGAGCGUUCCCACUGCCGUGUGGAGUGGUGCACAGGACCCGGUCGCUGACCCUAUAGAUGUUGAGAAUCUCCUACCUAAGAUCUCCAGACUGGUUUACUACAAGCUGAUUCCACACUAUAACCACGUUGACUUUUACCUUGGACAGGACGCGCCCCAAGAGAUCUACCAAGACCUGAUGAGGUUGAUGGAGGAGUGUGUGUAACAUUAAGUCCGUCUUCCUCUCUUUGGGGAAGUGAAUUUUCACAAUGAUGUGAUAUGCAGGGCGCACAGGCUCUAGGGUGCCCCUCCUGUGGAUUUUGCCUCUCAGAAUUCUUGCAUGUCUGUAAUCUGAGCCCAGAGCUUUGAUUCUGGUCCAAAGUAUUAACAUGGGGAAUGGGAUGUCAUACUCUGGAUCUGACCUUAUUUGUGGUCAAGGUGAUGAGAGGAUGUUAUCCUCUGGUUAUUUUCAAUUACAUGGGCACACGUCUUACAGGAUGGAAGCAAGAACUUUACCCUGCUGGCCUGACCAAGUAAACCCUUGCGUUGAGGAAACUCACAUGGCAAGGAAUAUAUGUUAUUUCUGGGGUUUGCAACUGGGCUCUUCUCAAUUACUGGUUAAAAGUCCAUUUCUCUUUGAACUCCUACCGGAAGCGAAUUGUGCUUAAAACUGAAGGCAUUUGAAAAUCCAGUCUUCUUGGUGAACCUCCGGUGGAGAAAGCCACCCGGACUAUGGCUUAAUUGCAGGGUGAGGCCCUGAGCACAGAAACUAGCGAAAUCACACCUGGCCUACAGAAGCUGUGAAAUGAUGAGUAAAUUGUUAAGUUUUUGCGAAUGUGUGUUGUCAUCAAAUUAAAAGGACUUUGGCUGUG